GUAUCGCGUCAGUCUCGAAGUGAAGUAGUUGGUCAGUGAUCUGUGUCAGAGCAGGACCACUCAGUCCAUCGCGUCCGUCACUCUCCUUUUCUCUUCCUGUUUUAUACGCGCCUCUCCCUCGUCUAUCCCUCUUUCUCUAUCUCUAUUCUUUUUCGCUUCAUCUCGCCUCUCGUCGGCAUCGACGUACUCGUUUCGUCGCGCGCGACCCAUUCCGGUCUCUCCUCUCGCGAGAUACACGCACACGACAAUACGCAUACAGAGAAAGAGUGCCACAGUGUGGAGUUGUUAACAGUGGGGAAAGAGCAAAAAUUAGCCUUUAUACAAGCGACCGUGCCUCGCGACCACCAUCCACAACCACCGACGCCGACAUCGGAUAGUUCAGCAUCGCCAAGUAAAAGCUGAAAAAAUUUGAAACAAGUCACGGAAGAAGGAAGAGAGAACGACGAUAUCAUUGGAUCGAGUGGCCAGUGCCAAAAGUCAACAAAUGGAGUAUAGAGGCGCGCCGCACGGGCAGCAGGAGCAGCAGUAGCGUUCAGCUAUCGUCGGAGACCUGAUCGGGCCCGAUCUCGCGCUCGGGGGGACGCGAGAUCGCGGGGGCGCCGCGGCCGAUCGAGCGCGAUGGCCGCGACCGACGGUCAGAUCGUCGUCGCGGCGGCACGCUGGGCCGAGGAGGCGACGUAUCUACGCGAAUUCGUCUCCAAGUAUCGUUUGCCAGGCGUGAUCAAGAUCACCAAGGGCCAGUACGGUGGAUUGGGCGUGCCGACACUACCGGCGCCCAGUUUACAGAGCACGGCGUUGCUGAUAUCGGCCGGUCGUCGGCGUAAAAUCGUGGCGCAGGCGGUGAAGAUCAAGGAGGGACGCCGGGUUGUCGGCGUGGGGCCCAGACUCGCGAUACCGGAUUCAUACGGCGGCUACUUUGAGAUCUUGAGCGAGGAAGGUCGCGCGGUGCGCGGCAUCGAAUCGGUAAGCGAGUUAUCGCGCAGAUGUCCGGAGGAAGGUGCUUUGGUGCGCGAGACGGUGCGCGCCAUUGCCUGUCGGGUGGACGACGAUUCGGGGAUCGUGGUACCGGAGGGCACGAGGACCCUCGCCGCCGGCGAGACGAUUGUCACCGCUGGCGAGGUGGCGUUACCCGGUCGCGGUAGAUUUCUGCGCUGCGUGGACUGUCGCGGCGACAGCGUCUUGCUCGGGAUGGAUCAACGUGGCCGCUUCAGCGCUCUGGCGCGCGAGGACAACAUCAGCGGCGUACACACUGCUAGGGCGCUUCUUAGCAAGCGUCUCCCGCUCACCGUGAGACUGGUGCAUGGCCAGCCGCCUCGGGGACUUAAAUCGUCAUCGCAAUUCGUGCCCGAGUUGAGGCUGCUGUCGACCUUCGAGGAAGAGCACGUAUUCGCGCUCCCAUUGCAGAGAGAAGGCGCGGCCGUCGCGCUACCGCUCGCGGCGCCGCUCAAGCUGGUAAAGGCGCGGAACGACGAGGCACUCAGAUCGAUGCAGGAAUUCACGAGGCUGGUGGAACGCGCCUCCCGUUUGGUCGCCGACGUGGCCGAUCGAGCGCACGUGCUAGACGGUCGUCUGGGCGAGGGCAAGUCCUCGAGGCAGAGGAGCGGCUCGGGCUUUCUCAGGAGACCAUCGACGAACUCGGAUCACGCGCCGCUUGGUCAUCAUAGAAACAGCAGCGCCGGCCAUCAUCAUCAUCAUCAUCAUCACUAUCACAGCAGCAACGGCCAUCAGGCGUCCACUGGUCACUCGAGUUAUCGGGACGAGAACAGAAUACCGUCCUCAUCAUCGGCCUGCACGGAGGAAUAUGACGAGAUCGAUCAGAUAUACGACUACGUGCGCGGCUUUGCGCCAUUGCCGAAGAGCGUCAGGUCGCCAUAUGAGAAUCCUUUUGUCGCUACAGGUCAAGGUGGCUCCACUCCACCCUUGACACCAGUCACGGUGACGAUCGCACCAUUGCUCGACGAUCGACCGGAACCACCGCCGAUCGAGACAAUACCGACAAAGAAGAUCCAAGCGGAGAAACGGACGAGGCGCGCGGUCAAGGAGGCGCCGCAGCCGCGGGUGGAGAAGCCGCCUCUAGCGAAACUCUAUGUGAAGAACAGCGGCACUCAGCGUGGACGUCCGCUAAUGAGGCAGAAGAGCGCGUCGCCGUUGAAGGAAACGCCACCGGGUUACAAGGGCGGUUCGCCGCUCUUCAAUAUACGCUAUAAAAGUCUGACGAAUCUGCAGCAGGCAAUGGAGCUCGACGGCACGCUGGACUCAAGCCACUCGGGCGGAAGGACGUCGGGAGAUUCCGGCGCGGGCGCCAAAUUGCCAGAAAAAAGAUCGAGACGUUUAAGCAGACCACGUUCGCUGACAAAUUUAGUCUGGGAGCUACGAGGUGGAAGCGGUCUUGGUUGCACGAGACCGGAAACACCGCCGCCUGUCACGACUGCACCGCUGCCACCAACCAAAUGUGGGCCACGUCUGGCUGUCACUGUCGUAGCACCGCGACGUGUCGGCACGCUCUACCUCUAACUCAUUCGACCGACGAAGGGCUGAAGAAGGCAUAGAGCCGUAGGAAUUUCUGACGUCGUUUGACUAAUCAAAAUUUGCAACAAGAAUUCAAGAAAAGAAGAGAGAAAAACGGAGAAUAUUUCGCCAUUCUUUCAGCAUUAAUUAUAUCGCAGCUGCGAAAGCCAUUUAAACUCGUCGUUCGACACAUAUGCUCUAUAUGCAUUCACACGUACAAGACAUUAAUAUACACGACAUUAAUAUAACACGUACACGACACAUAUAAGGGACCCAAAAGCCUGAUUAACACCGCGUACUUCCUGUGAUCGUCGAUUAACACGAUAAGCGGAAUAAUCAAAAAUAGCGACGCAACGAAAGGAGAAAUAUGUGUCAGGUCACGUACGAACAGAAACGUGAAUUACUGUAAUGCUCUCGUAAGAAAAAAGACGACGCUGUGUUUCAAAGAGUAUCGAGAUCGAUAAGAUCGACGAGGCGAAAUAAUGGAAGUCGAUAAUUUGUACGAUUCCAAAUACUUGAUCUACUGAUAUGUAUAGAUACAAUUAUCUUUAUAUAUAAAAACAACUCAUUCUUAUAUUUUUAAAUUUUUUUUAUGAAAAAUAAUUAAGAAUAAUUACACAAGUAAUUUUGUAUUAGAAAAUGGAUUUGAGACUUAAAGUAUGAUCAAAAUUUAUCGACGAAAAUAUAUCAUUGUUUUAUGUGUUAUUUGUUUUGUCUUCAUCUUGCUGCAUCAGAAAAAAAGGACUUCUUUAAAUUCUGAUAAAGAAGGAUAUAAAAAGAUAUUAGCAAUAUCUGCAUUUACAAUUUAACUUUUUGACGAUAUAAAUUUCUCCAUUAAUAUGAUGAAAUUAGAUAAAAAGAAAUUUAUAUCUCGAAAUAAAAUAAAUUCUAAGCUAAAGUAUAAAUAAAUUUGCUAUGAAAAUUUAUCGAGAAACUUGUCGAAGUUUGAAAUUUUUUUCAUUGAUAAAUUAUAGUCUUUGAUGAACAGAUGUGCUAUGGUAUUAUAAUAUUGAUAGUACCGUUUUCAAUCUUUAAUUUAUGUACGCGUGCGUCGUAUACAUAAAAGAUAGAAGCCUUAAUUUAUCGCCGAGCCAUACUCUCGUUACUCUUUGCUAUCGGUUAAAGAGGGAACCGGGAAAAGAGGAGUCGAAGAGAGGGGAUCGAAUCUAUAAUCGUGCGUUUUUCGGAGAGCUACACGAAACGCGCGUACGCGUAUCACGACAAUCAUCAUCUUCGUACGCAAGUAAUAGAUUCUUUUUAUAAAAGGACGCGCCGUCAGAGAGCAGACGCUAUCUAACGGAUCGCGUAGUUAAGGAUACGAAUGCCAUAAUAAUGACCAAGUUUUGUGGUUGUACUUAAGUCAUACUUUAUACUCUACUUUAUUAUUAAGAUGCUCUAAGCGUAAGUUACUUUUAUAUUUCAUUAGCGAAGUGUCUAUCUACAGUUAUUGCUACGUGUGUUUUUUUUUUUUUUCCUAUACUUUUGCAUCGUCGAACUAGACGACGAAUCGACUCUGUUUUGCGCUGAUUGUCAAUUUUGACGCAAGCUAUGAAAACUUUGUAAUACUACCUUACCUGCACUUGUGAUCGUAUACCUAACUUGAAUUUAAGCUGAAUGCUUGUAAUCUACUACUCCGAUAUUUCAAUAUUACAGUGACUUGUGGAAAAAUAAAUUUUAUCGCGAUGUUAUAUUGUCUUGACAAUAAAGUGAAAAUUGACAGCAGUCUUUAUUUUACGGAAAAAGUAAUACAUUAUUGAUGAAUUAAAUUGUAGACGAUAAAACAUUUUUUUCUUAUUUGAUGCUAAGAUACGCAAGGAUUAAAACAAAAACCAAGAUUAUACUUUUCUAUAACAUUGUGUGAAUAUAAUUAAUAAAACAGUUUGGAAAUAUCUUCUACAAUCUGAGCGCUCAGUUCCGAUUUCCACGUCAGAAAAACUCUCGAUUUUUUGUUCCUGAGAGUUUCGAUUUUUUAAUACAAUAUCACUAUAUAUUAGUAACUCUUGGGAUAAAAUUUUGGCACUGCGAUAUACAUAAAAUUAUAUUAUACUGCACUUACUUUUAUUCCAAUGUUAAAGAAGCCAUCGAUGAAUCAUAUCACCUGUGCGAUCGUAUGAAUGAAAAUGAAUAAACUCACAUUGAAAAUCAGGUGCGAGACCGCCUUUCCAUUGAUGGUCCCGACCAAAGGACGUAUUUGGACCUUGGUCUCAUUUUUGUGAUUAUUAUUUAAAUAUACGUUAAGCAAACAAUAGAAUAGGUUAGCCUUGUUAUGUAAUUGAAUAUGAGAGAAUAGCAUUGGGUGGCCUUACCCAGUUGAUAUAAUUUUUUUUUUUCUUUUUUCAAUAUCCGACAGAAGAGCAGUAAUUACGAAAAUGAUCCGAAAGGAGGUAUUAUAUAAUUAUGCUUAUAUAUGUAUAUUUAUCCAAAAAAAUCAACGGAUAUUUUUCAAUUAUCAGUAAAAAUAAAACUGUUGAAAAAAGAAAAACAGUCGAAAACAAGUGGCCUUCUUUAAAACAAGAAUUACGAGCUAAAUGAAAGAACGUUAAAUAAUCAGAAUGCGCUCGCGUUACAAUGAAUUAGCUGUAUUACGAGUGUACAAUAAGCUUUUAGAUUUAUAAUACAAAGUAUAGAUUCUAUAUUAUCAUGAAUAUUAUAUUGCGUCAUGAAUUUUUGUAUAGAAGGCACUCGGUCCCCUUUACGACAGAACUCUGUGUGUUAUAAGCGUAUGGACACGCUUAUUUCGUACGUUGAUGUUCUCGGAGAGUGUAAUUUUGCCAUGAUGACGAGCGCCGGAAGAAGAAGCGCGGAGCUUAUUAAAAGCGAUAUUAUACAUUUGCGUAUGAAACUAGAAGUAGUUUUAUGAUUCCUCGGGGCAUUAGAUGUCAACGGAGAUCCGUUGACAUCUUAGAACGACCGCCUUGGAAUUAAAGCGAACUCUGAUCGUGUUUUAGCCGCUCCUUCGUUACGCGAGAUGCAGAAGGUGCGACUAAAACGAAUGGAUAUUAUGGAAUAAUUGCACGAUCAGCUCAUCGAUAUUACUUCUCAAUAUCGUCAGCCACGUUCUCGCGGCGAAAUACUCAGCGCGUAAGGGUCGAGGAUCGUUGUGCCUUCGUGUAUGCACGUUAAAAAGUACGUUUAUAAUGAUUGUAAGAAGAGCAGAUAUCCACACUUUGUGAUUCCAUAAACAGUUGUUCAUUUUUUUUAUACUUUCUUUAAUGCUUACGUAGGAUAGCUUGUAUACCCUAAAGAGUGUUUCAAUAAAAAAUCACAGUGAAAUAA